UCCAAACAGAUGCACUUUAAUCAUUACCAUCAUACAAUAUAUUAUUUUCUGACCAGACAUCGUAAUUGGAUUGCUAAAUUGAAUCACGGUAGUUUUUGGUGGAGAUAAAACAGAACCACAAGUGAACAGGGACUUCUAUUAAGUUACAAGGGGGAAAGGAGAGGAGAGGAGUUGCAUUCAGCCUCAUUCAGACAAUUGACAGCAAAGAGCAUGACAUUUAUUUAGCGUUUUACCUUUUAUAUAUACCUGUGUAUUACUAUGAUGAAGAUAUCCUUAAACAAGACCUCAGUUUUCACAGCUUUUAGUAUUUCUGUGUGGAAUUGACUGAACUCAAAUGCCAGUGCAGUUAGAAUAGCCUUUUUGUUUUUUAUUAGUACAUUUCUAUUAUGGAUGACAUCACUGUUGGGAGCUUAUUUCACAAGACAGUUUUCAUAAAAGAGCAGUAAAUGAAUAGGAACAAUUCUGAUAACCUAUUCUUUAUAAGACGUCUAUUGUGUAGACAUUGCACAGUUUAGUCGCUGAGGGUUAUGCUUUGUAUUCAAAGUUCAAUGAGCAAAGGCAAAUCACUCCGACUGGAUCUACAGGCUCUAAUAGGCUCUUCAGCAUGGCCUUGACGACCCAUCUCUGCAUUUAUAACUCUUAAGAGACUAUGUAGUGACAGCCUGUCUGGGUCAGACAGCAAAGGAUUUCUUACGAAUUCGACUUCCCGUUCCAUUUAGCAGCUUGUGCCUCUUACAUUACUCCACAUCAGAGGACAGUCCCUUCUAGCCAUCCUACUGAUUGUGCCAUGUGCCUCUGGCAAUGCUGCUCAUAAGUGGGAGACAGGGUAUCAACAGAAAUGGUUCAUGCCUGAUUCUCACCCAGAGCAGCGGAAUCAGCUGCGAUGAAGGGAACGUGUAAAGCAGAGCCCUUAGCCAUGUCCAAAUGCAUCCAUCUGCAAGAACAGUUUGUCCUGACUGGGGGUGAGGCUGCAGAGAGUUAGGGUUUGUUGCAUUGCAAGCAGAUUGACUAAUACUAAUUUGUACCAGGCCAGCAUCCACUAAAUGGUGUCAGGAUGCAGUUGCCUCUCAGCAAAUGGCAGCAAACGCUGGGAUAGACCAAGAGUGCUAGACUGUUGGACCCAUGAUUGAUCUGAAGACACUAAAGGCCUGCUGCAGCACACAUCAAAGCAUUCAGCGGCUUUGCAACUCGAACAACGAUGCCAAUCGAUGUCAGCCACUACUCAGUUGUAGGUUGGAAUUUCACAUCCCUGUUGGCAAAAGGCUGCCACCACUAUAACAGGAUCCUGAUCCCUGCUUCCAUUUACAGUAGGUUGAUGUGUUUUGACUCAUUCUGGUCAGGGAGUCUAUUGCAGUAAGUCACUGAGUGUUCUCUGUACUCCAGGACCGACGUAGCCACAGGCCGAGGUACUGGGAUGUAAGCUUUGGUGCACAAAGCACUGCUACAUGUGUCUCAGGAAGAAAAAACAGUCACUAGCACCUACUGGCAGUUUGACCAAGCAGUUGGUCCAGAUCACUUACCAAAGCCAAAAGGACAUGAAGGUUAUUAUAUCAUGGAGUUGCUAGGGAAAGACAUCUUGAAUGGGGAUUAGGUUUUUACAUGUCUAAGUGUUGAGGAAAGGCAGAUGCAAAAAUAAUUUUAUAUGAAUUACCUCAUACAGACUGUGGCCUGCAAAGAGUGUAGUGUCAACUUUGCCCAGCAUACAUAUAGAUCCUGUUUAGCCCACGUACAGACUAUUUUCAGUUAGCACAACAGUGUCAGACUAAUGCUAGGCCAGACUUUGAAAAACAGCAAUCUCUAGAUUUGUUCCUGCUCAUUUGGUGGGAAAUGUUUGUCUCCACCUCACUACCAGAGCUGCUUCUUUUGCAUAAUUAGCAGAUUGAUUAUUGGAAAACCCAAGGAUCUGGGCAGCUUGGAACAUUCACUGCAUUCAAAUUGUGAAAGACAACCAAGCAUAUUGAGUGCAUGCUCUGUGGGGGAAUCCGAAUUACCAUCCUCCUCAUUUUGUGUCAGGGUCUUCUUUGCUUUGUCUCAUUGCAGUCAAGUGAUCCUAAAGUUCAUCAAUAAGACCAAACGGAGGUACAGUAUUGUAUGGACGACGGAAAGUCUGACACGCUGGAUUGGUCUGAAGACUAAAACCAACUAUAAAACGAUGCAAAGAUAUUAUAAUACCAAUAAAUACCAAUAAAAGAAACAAAGCUUAAAAAUGGUCUCGAACUUAGGACUGUCAAAGAGGGUCGACUGAUGUGCUUUAGGCAUUCCUUCUUAUGAACCAUUUGGUGUCUGUCAAUCAUAACCUUUUGUGAGGACUUGGGUAAGGGAGCUUCUGCUUCUCAGUGGUCUGGUAACAUACAGAACAAGGUGCACAACCACCGGGAGGAACUUAGGGAGCUACUGGUCGAGCUCUGGUACCUCUUGUGGAGCACUCCUGUUAUUUCCUUGGUCUGCCUUUUUUCUUGUUAAACUUAUUUUGCCCUUUUUUCCUCUAUGUUACUAACAUGCUUUGGAAACAAACUAACAUCAUUCAUGGAAUGUGCCAUUCUACUAACCAGUAUGGUUUUUUGCCGUUUAACAAUGUACUAACAGUAUUGACCAUCAUAUAUUAUUUGAGUAACAAUCGUUAUUCUGUUCACAGUUUUUAAUUUCCUUUCUCCCCCCUUUUCCACAAAGCACUCAGGCAUUGGACACGCUAUGGUAACAAUAUCCGUGGAUGGGAUUCUGACCACCACAGGAUAUACACAAGAAGACUACACCAUGCUAGGCUCUGACGACUUUUUCUAUGUUGGAGGGAGUCCUAGCACAGCUGACCUGCCCGGAUCUCCGGUCAGCAACAACUUCAUGGGCUGCCUCAAGGAGGUUGUGUACAAAAACAAUGACGUGAGACUGGAGCUGUCCAGGCUGGCCAGGCAGGGUGACCCCAAGAUGAAGGUCCACGGUACCGUGGCCUUUAAGUGUGAGAACGUGGCCACUCUGGACCCCAUCACCUUCGAGACGCCAGAGUCUUAUGUCAUCCUCAACAAGUGGAACGCCAAGAAGACGGGCUCCAUCUCCUUUGACUUCCGCACCACAGAGCCCAACGGCCUUCUCCUCUUCAGCCAUGGCAAGCCCAAGCAGCAGGGGAAGGAUUCCAAGAACCCCCAGACUCUCAAGGUGGACUUCUUUGCCAUCGAGAUGCUGGACGGCCAUCUGUACCUGCUGCUGGACAUGGGCUCGGGAACCACAAAGACCAAGGCGGUCAACAAGAAAGUCAAUGACGGCGAAUGGUACCAUGUGGACUUCCAGCGAGAUGGCAGAUCAGGCACCAUUUCUAUCAACACCCUCCGCACUGCCUACACAGCCCCUGGAGAAAGUGAGAUCCUGGACUUGGAUGACAACCUCUACCUCGGGGGUCUGCCAGAGAACAAAGUGGGGCUGGUGUUCCCAACGGAGGUGUGGACAGCGCUGCUCAACUACGGCUACGUGGGCUGCAUCCGGGAUCUAUUCAUCGACGGCCAGAGUAAGGAUGUCCGGCGCCUGGCCGAGAUCCAGAAGGCUGCCGGGGUGAAACCCUCGUGCUCGAAGGAGCCUCCUAAGCAGUGUUUGAGCAACCCCUGCCAAAACAAUGGGCUCUGUAGAGAGGGCUGGAACCGCUACGUGUGUGACUGCUCCGGAACUGGAUACCUGGGACGCUCCUGUGAAAGAGAGGCGACGAUCCUCAGCUAUGACGGCAGCAAGUUUAUGAAGGUCCAGCUGCCAGUGGUGAUGCACACAGAAGCCGAGGACGUGUCCCUGCGCUUCCGCUCCCAGCGAGCCUACGGCAUCCUAAUAGCCACCACGUCUCGGGACUCGGCUGACAGCCUGCGUCUCGAGCUGGAGAGCGGGCGCGUCCGCCUGACUGUCAAUCUAGAUUGUGUCAGGAUUAACUGUACCUCCAGCAAAGGUCCAGAGACUAUAUUUGCGGGUCAGAAUCUGAACGAUAAUGAGUGGCACACGGUGCGUGUGUACAGGCGGGGCAAGAGUUUGAAACUGACCGUAGACGAUCUGACGCCUGUAGAAGGUCAAAUGGCGGGCGAUCACACCCAACUGGAGUUCCAUAACAUAGAGACGGGCAUUGUGACAGAGAAGCGCUUCUUGCCCAUGGUGCCGUCCAACUUCAUCGGCCACCUCCAGAGCCUCGCCUUCAACGGCAUGGCCUACAUAGACCUCUGCAAAAACGGCGACAUCGACUACUGCGAGCUCAACGCCAUGAUCGGCUUCAAGAACAUCAUCGCCGACCCCGUCACCUUCAAGUCGCGCUCCAGCUACGUGACCCUCACCACGCUGCAGGCCUACUACUCCAUGCACCUCUUCUUUCAGUUCAAGACCACGUCCUCGGAUGGCCUCAUCCUGUACAACAGCGGGGAUGGGAAUGACUUCAUCGUGGUGGAGCUGGUCAAAGGUUAUCUGCACUAUGUGUCUGACCUGGGGAACGGAGCCCACUUGAUUAAAGGCAACUCCAACAAGCCCCUGAACGACAACAACUGGCACAACGUCAUCAUCUCCAGGGACACAAACAACCUUCACACUGUGAAGAUCGAUACCAAGAUCACCACGCAGGCAACCUCAGGAGCCAAGAACCUGGACCUGAAGGGCAACCUUUACGUUGGUGGGGUGGCGAAGGAGAUGUUCAAGGAGCUGCCCAAGCUGGUGUUCGCCAAGGAGGGUUUCCAAGGUUGUCUGGCGUCAGUGGAUCUGAACGGGCGGCUCCCAGACCUGAUGUCGGACGCUCUGGACUGCGUGGGUCAGAUAGAGCGAGGGUGUGAAGGCCCCAGCACGACGUGCCAGGAGGACUCGUGUGCCAACCAGGGCGUGUGCCUGCAGCAGUGGGAGGGCUUCAGCUGCGACUGCAGCAUGACCACGUUCGGAGGGCCGUUGUGCAAUGACGCGGGAACAACGUACAUAUUCGGGCGAGAUGGUGGACUGAUCACAUACACGUGGCCGCCAAAUGACCGUCCCAGCACGAGGGCGGACCGGCUAGCCAUCGGUUUCAGCACGCACCUGAAGGAUGCUGUCCUGGUGAGGGUGGACAGCUCCUCUGGUCUCGGAGACUUCUUGAAGCUCCACAUCGAAAAAGGAAACAUUGCUGUUGUAUUUAAUGUCGGAACAGACGACAUUAACAUUGAGGAGACAUCAAAGUUUGUAAAUGACGGAAAGUACCAUAUAGUGAAGUUUACGAGGAGUGGGGGUAAUGCCACUCUGCAGGUGGAUGACCUGCCAGUCAUUGAGCGCUACCCCACAGGCAACAAUGAUAACGAACGCCUGGCGAUUGCUAGACAGCGAAUCCCAUACCGACUUGGUCGAGUAGUUGACGAAUGGCUACUCGACAAAGGGCGGCAGCUUACAAUCUUCAACAGCCAAACCACUAUACAGAUUGGGGGCUGGGAGCGAGACCGGAGUCGAUCGUUUCAGGGCCAGCUCUCGGGCCUCUACUAUAAUGGCUUGAAGGUGUUCAACAUGGCCGCCGAGGGGGAUUCUAACAUUAAGGUCCAGGGCAGCGUGCGGCUUGUGGGGGACUCGCCCUCCUCCAUCACGCCGCAGUCGAGCACCACGGCCAACCGCUCGGAGACGUCCACGUCCAUCAUGGAGAUCACCACCACCACGGCGUCCAGCAGGCGAGUCAAGCAGACGACGCCACGAGAGCCUCAGCAGACAACCGACGACUUUGUGGUGGCGUCGGCCGAGUGUCCGAGCGACGACGAGGACAUUGAUCCCUGUGAGCCGAGCUCAGGUGGGUUAGCCAAUCCCACGGGUUCCGCACCGAAGGGUUACCCGGGCACAUCGGAGGUCUUCAGGGAGUCGAGCAGCACGACGGGGAUGGUGGUCGGCAUCGUGGCGGCGGCGGCGCUGUGCAUUCUCAUCCUGCUCUACGCCAUGUAUAAAUACCGGAACAGAGAUGAAGGCUCGUACCACGUGGACGAGAGUCGCAACUACAUCAGUAACUCGGCGCAGUCCAACGGCACCGUGGUCAAAGAGAAACCAGUCAACACUGCAAAGACCUCGGGCAAGAAUAAGAAGAACAAGGACAAGGAGUACUACGUGUGAUUGUCCAAACUUUGGUCUUUGCCAGACCAACUUAAAAAACGUUUAUCAAAAAGACAAAUCAGGACAUCAACAUGUGUACAGUAUAAUAACAAAGAUGAACAUUAUUUAGUCAUUUUUCCUAAAAGACGAUGCUCUGAAAAGUAAAUAUGAAAAAUGAAAAAAUAACUUUCUUUAGACUCAAGCACUGGCGAUAGAAAACAUAUACAGUCCAGAAAGAGAAAGACGGAAACAUGGCUCUGGCAACCAGUUGAAAAGGAACUGAACACAUAUCUAACAUGUCAACCAAACAACAUUAACCCACCUGUGACUCGUCUCCUUGGCCAGGACAAUGUGAUCUAACUCCCUUGUUUCGGGUAAACAAGGGGGGCAGAGAUGCACGCGUGACGAGACAGGUUCAGCAUUACGAACUCAAUGUUAUCAUUUACAUUGCCUGUGUUUGUGUUGUUGAGACUUUUUCUACAGAAAAUGACACAAAGCUCAAAUGAAUACAUACAUAAACGCGCCAAAUAUUUAACGUGGGUGGAAGAGUAAAAAAAAAUCUGGUGACGGCGGUGAACUCGGACAGAAAAAAAAUUCCCUGAUGGACGCCCGUGGAAUCAGGACUCAACGAACAGGAGCUGGCGGCCGGCAAAGACCUAACACCUGCCUGACAAGGCUGCCGCAGCACGACCUCGAUGGUGGGGGGGCAGUUUCUCUGGAAAAGACUAUGAUUUUAAAGAAGAAUAUGUCCAUUGUGCCAGUAAGCAAUCUGGAGGCCUUCGUCUUCACGUCAUGUGAACUCAAAGGGGGGGCGUUUCCUCAGAGUGCCGGGGGCGUCUGAACAAGCGUCACUCGGAAGCCAUGCACGCAAAAUUAUCUUAUUACAGUACAUAUGUUUAUAUACAGUACAACCACAUCUAUAUGUGCUUUCUGGACUGUGACAAAGUGGUGUUUUAUAGCCUGUUGUAUAGAUGAUGCAAACUAUAACUGCUCCUCUACCAUUUUGGAAUAAAAGAGAAAAAAAAGGACAAAAAGAAGACAUAAGUGUUAUUAAGUGUUGCUAGUCAUAGAAGAUUUUAUGAAGACAUCUGCAUUUUUUUUUUUCUCAGUUGAAUAAUAAUAAUUUGAUUUCCCCUUGUUUUUACAUGUGUUCCUAUAUAGUUUUUUAUACAAAUGCCAACCAGAGACAGACGAUCCCGGACCAGUAGUAGCCGAACCGUUCCCCCAAAAACUGCAAAAGGCGUGACAUGACGACUUAUGUGGAUCUGUUAAGGAUUCCAGUUGAAUCACUGCCUUCCUCCUCAAUCCUGACUUACACGAGUGAGAAUGAAGACCGAGAAUAUGAGUGAUGAUGAUGAUGAUGGAUGGUGACAACGAUUAAUAUAAAUUAACUUGCUGUGUGUGUUUCCAAGUGGUAUUACGAGAUUGUCCGAUGUGUGCUUGGGCUGACGCGAAGCCACAGGAGGGAGCUCCAAUCUGUCUCCAUUUCAGCUGUUCUGUGUUUGUUCUGUCAUUCUGUCCGUCAGUUCUGCUUUCCAGAGACCUGUACUUUGAAUGACUAUGAGGAACAUGACCUUGAACUAUAAAUGAUGAUUAUAAA